AUGGAGAAAAGGAGAUACAUAUUGGAACCUUUGGGCAAACGAUUUGGAAAAACGGAUCUCGAUAGAAUAGGGUAUUUCCACGAUCCAUCCCCGGCACCCUUCGACAAGUACCAGGGAAUUCCUGUGAAAUUUCGCGAAGGUAUUGAAAAAGGACCUCAAAUGCUGGCGGGGCCAUCGACUGAUCUAUUUGAGGAGAAAUUCGUGCGAAUUUUUGAUGGAGAGGCAUUGCACGAGCCAUGGCGCAUCGAAGCGAAAGAACAGUUGGAACGUGAUCAGGCAAAAAUCGGAGGAACUCUGUUGCCACCCUCUCCUGCCAAGAAACAUUCCACGCCUGGCGAUUAUCAUGGAUGUUUCGAGAAAGUAACUUACUUCAGAACUGCGCCAGAAGAACGUAAAAAGGGAGGACAGAGGCCCGAACUGCCGAACGUGAAGAUUAAACCCAAUCCUCUCGGUGGUCCAGGAUACGCCAACAUUUGUUUGAAUCCCUUUCCAUCGUAUUCCUACGAUCCUUAUGACCCGCCGCAAGAACGCGCAGCGCAACCGGGUCGAUUUCUGAAUGCCAGCGCGCCACUGGAUCAUUUUCCGCCGAAUCCUUACCAGGACAAAGAUUUUGGACCUACUUACGUACGACCGGUCGAUCAGGCGCCUAAAAUAAUAGGCCCUGGUAUUCUUUACGUUCCAUUCCCAAAGAAACCCGGUGGAAAUCACUCUGGUUGCUUCCACAAAUUCCCAUCGUAUUCUAGCGAGCCAUACGACAAAGCUGUCAAGGAAACGCGGAAACCUGUUAGUAUGUUUGUCAGUGGCGGGCCACCGCGGCGAGCCAAGUAUACUGCUAGCAUAAUCGAUCAAGUUACCAGAACGUCUUGUAACGCGACGAAUUAUAUGGAUUAUAAGCCACAAGUUUAUCCCUUGAACAAAUAA